UCCAAGAAUCCAAUACAGUUUUUUGAAGGUUACGUAACCUGAAAGAUAUAUAUGUGUCAGAUGUUUUACUGCAAACCGUGGAGAUACAGACAUGAUGAAGUUUGUGGUGCUCGCUCUCUUCGUUGCUGGUGCCUAUGGGUGUGGCCUGCCCACUUUCCCACCUGUGGUGAGCAGGGUGGUUGGAGGAGAGGAUGUCAGGCCUCACAGCUGGCCCUGGCAGAUUUCCCUGCAGUAUAACAGACAGGGAGAGUGGAGACACACCUGUGGAGGUACCCUAAUCUCUAACCAGUGGGUCCUGACUGCUGCUCACUGUAUCAGCAAUGGCAAGGAGUACAGAGUGGCCAUGGGAAAGCACAACUUGGUGGAGACAGAGGAGGCUGCUGUGUUCAUGGGCACUGCUAACAUCAUCGUGCAUGAGAAGUGGAACCCUCUCUUCAUCCGUAAUGACAUUGCCCUGAUCAAGCUGGAGUCCCCUGUUACCUUCUCUGAUGCCAUCAUGGCUGCUUGUCUCCCCACUGCUGGCUUCAUCCUUCCCCAUAAUGAGCCCUGCUACGUCACUGGAUGGGGUCGCCUCUAUACUGGAGGUCCCAUUGCCGACAUCCUGCAGCAGGCUCUCUUGCCUGUGGUGGACCACGCCACCUGCUCCAAGCCUGACUGGUGGGGUUUCCAGGUGAAGGAAACCAUGGUCUGUGCAGGCGGAGAUGGAGUUAUGUCUGGUUGCAAUGGAGACUCUGGCGGUCCUCUGAACUGCCAGAACGCUGAUGGUGCCUGGGAGGUUCACGGUAUCGUCAGCUUUGGCUCUGGCAUCAAGUGCAACUUGGCCAAGAAGCCCACUGUCUUCACCCGUGUCAGCGCCUACAGCGACUGGAUCAGCUCUAAAAUGGUGGCCUAUUGAGAGGAUAGUCUUUGGGGAUGAAAGAAACUAUAUGGACAUAUAAAAAUAAAUAACAUUUUGAACUAUAAAUAAAAUGAAAUAUCAA